AUGAAGCGAAUGCACGAGGAAGCGCCAGCGUGUGCACAUGGGCACGACGUAGAUGCAUUUAUCGCACCUCCCAGGCAUACUGAGCCCGUGUACAAAGACGAGUGCAUGUUUUGCUACGACUCACCGGAUUCGCCACGGGGUCUGGCCGUAUGCCUCGCAUGUUUCCAAGGCUAUUGUAUCGGUGACGGCUCGCAGCAGCAUAUAAAACAGCACUAUGAAAAAUCGGGGCACUCGAUAGUCAUGGUCCUGCACCGGGAGCGGAAUGAAGCAGCACCAGUGACGCGCCUCGCCGUCGUCGAACGCCCAGACGAGGAAGAAUCCACGUAUACCAUGGAGCCACGGAGCUUGUGCGGCGACGCUGCACAGGGAACUCCAUUACCUCGUACCGAAAAGCUCGAAAAUGUAAUGCAGGCCGUGCUGCGUGCCUCUUCCUCGGCACAGCGCGAUGAAGUGCAGGCGUGGGAAGAGGAUAUCGUGCCAUGUGAGCAUACCAACCACCUUGUCCAAGAGGACUCACAGAUGCUCCAGCUCGACAGUGCCAAGUGUGCCGCGUGUGAUCUGACCUCGAACCUGUGGCUGUGCCUGUCGUGUGGCUACCUCGGCUGCGGCAGGGCCCAAUUUGGCGGCGUCGAUGGGCACAGCCAUGCACUCGCACACUUUGACACUUCGGGUCACUCAUGCUGCGUAAAGCAAGGCACCAUUACUCCAGAAGGUACCGGCGAUGUCUACUGUUACGCAUGCAAUGAGCCACGCGUCGACACAACGCUGUCCACGCACUUGCAGCAUUUUGGGAUCCAUGUACUGUCACUGAACAAGACAGAGAAGAACAUGACCGAGCUCCAGCUAGAGCAAAAUAUCGCAUUCGACUUUACCAUGACAGGCGACGACGGCCACCCUUUGACCCCAAUCUCGGGCCCUGGCCUGACGGGAAUACAAAAUUUGGGCAAUACAUGCUACAUGGCGUCCGUGCUCCAAUGCGUGUUCUCGCUACGAGGCUUCCGGGAACGGUACUGGUCGCAGCAUGCAGCGCAUAUUGCAGCGUGCGAGAAAAUGCCGGCAGCGUGCCUCGAGUGUCAGCUCGGAAAAUUCGCGGAUGGUCUGUACUCUGGCCGCUACCCUCAGGGAAUCAAGCCGGGCAUGCUUAAGAAACUGCUCGGUACAGGCCAUCAUGAGUUUGCAAGUAUGCGUCAGCAGGACGCAGACGAAUUCUUACUGUUUCUCCUUCCCUUCCUCCAAAGCAAGCCGCAUGAACCUUUUUCGCUUCCCGAUCCCGCCGCCCAGUUUGGGUACGUCUUGGAGCAGCGUUUGCAGUGCACGCAGUGUAAAAAGGUGCGGUACACGGAGGAGAAUGUGGAUGCUGGGCUUUCGCUCCCUGUUCCUGUGCAAGAAGAGCCAUCCACAGAAUCUGAAACAGGGUCUGUGGACGACAAGCGAUACAAACCCGUGACACUGGAGGAGAGUUUGGACUUGUUUACGCACGAGGAAGUGAUUGAGUACCACUGUCCUUCCUGUGCCCAAAAUGUCGCUGCGACGAAACGCAUGCGCUUUGCCUCAUUUCCGGCUGUGUUUGUUGUGCAGGCGCAACGGUUCCAGCUCGUGAAUUGGGUGCCACAAAAGGUGAAUGUCCCGCUUGUAGUGCCGGUCGUGGAGCCGGUAGACUUGGUCAAGUACAAGGGCUAUGGGCUCCAGCCGGGCGAAGAGGCGUUGCCUCAAGAUACCCAGGCGCCCGAAUAUCCGCCUGCAGCGCUGGAAAUGCUCAUUGCGAUGGGCUUUUCCGAGAACCGCUGCAAACGCGCAUUGGAUGCCACAGGGUCUGGAGAUCCAGAGGCAGCGGCAAACUGGCUCUUUGAGCGCAUGGAUGAUUCGACGCUUGAUGCGCCGCUCACGGUGUCUGCUUCCCCGGAUACGACCAUGCUUGAAGAGAUGGGCUUUUCCAAGGCGCAGGCGACCAAAGCCUUGCGUAUGAACAAUGGGAAUGCCGAAAUAGCUGUUGCAUGGCUCUUUGAGAACCCUGACGAUCCCGGAGAGGAGCCAGGGGCUGGCGAGGCACAAACUGCACGGCCUGGCUCCACCGAGGACGAGCCGCUGUAUCAGCUCUCCAGCUUUGUCUCCCACAAAGGCCCGUCUGUCCACAGCGGUCACUAUGUCGCACAUGUUGACAAGCACCUCGACAAUGCGUGGGCAUUUUUCAACGACGAAAAGGUCGUGUCGCUUCCUGUGGACACAGUGGAUGCUUCCAACGUGCGGUGUGCUUCGCAAUUUGCCUAUCUCUACUUUUUCCAACGUAUCUAG